AUGGCUGAGACCUUGGAAGACCUGAGCACAAUGCUCGAGCAUCUCAACAGUGUUUCCCAAAGAGUGAGUCUUAAACUGAACAUUCAGUUAGUCUCUGAAGACGAAAGUCUUCAACCAGUGUGUGUUGCCAGUGUUGACAUAUGGAUCCUAAGCGUGGUCGCUUCGGAAGGCUCAGCGGAAAUUGCUCAGCGGGCGAUGGAGAGGGCAAUGCUUGCAACAGGAACAAUGAAGCAAAGGGUGUACAGCAGUCCCAUAAACAGCAAAGAGGAACUCACAGAAAGAGUUUUGGGUGUUGCUAACGAUAUCAGAAAUGAUCCCGAAAUGAUUCGUAGGGCAACGCAGCAAAUUGUGCUUCGCGCUACAAUAUACGCGCAAAGGGUGAACAACAGCAUAUUAGAUUUCGUUGGAAAUACUCCACUCAUUAAGCUCAAUACAAUUCCAAAAGACCAUGGACUUACAUGUGAAAUUUACGCUAAGUGCGAAUUUAUGAACCCCGGUGGCUCCUCAAAAGACCGUAUAGCUCUUGCGAUGGUUAGAGAUGCAGAAAGUGGAAACUAUAUUCAUGAAGAUACAGAAUUUGUUGAACCCACAUCUGGAAAUACGGGCAUUGGAGUCGCUUUCAACGCUGCUUUACUCGACAAAAAAUGUUACAUUGUAAUGGGAGAAAAAAAUUCUUCUGAAAAAGUAAAUACUAUGAAAAUAUUGGGUUCUGAAGUGAUUCUUACACGGAAGUCCAGUACCGAAAUAGCUAGACAAAUAAAAGAUGCCCGUCCCGAUAAAGUCGUUAUGCUGGAUCAAUUUGAAAAUAGCGUCAAUCCUAAAAUCCAUUAUAACACCACAGGGGUGGAAAUUAUAGAAGCUUUAGGAAAAGUAGAUAUGCUUGUUUGUGGAGCUGGUACAGGAGGAACAGUUACUGGAACUGGUAACAGAAUUAAGGAAAAAUGCCCUAAAUGCACUGUCAUAGUUGCUGAGCCCGAAGGGUCCACUAUGUUCAAUGUAAAUGGAAAAAAACACCCUUUCUUGGUCGAGGGAAUUGGCGGCUCAACUGUUCCGAUUGUAUUAGAUAAAUCUGUUGUCGAUGACUUUGAAGUGGUAACAGAUGAGGAAAGCUUUCUGAUGGCGAGAGAAGUUAUUCAAAAAGAAGGGUUGCUCUGUGGGGGGAGCAGUGGAACGGCAAUGGCUGCAGCAAUUAAAGCAGCACGCAGACAUAACCUCGGGGCGGGACAUCGCAUUGUCGUAGUUCUACCGGAUGGAAUACGGAAUUAUAUGACUAAGUUCGUCACCAAUCAAUGGAUGGAAGCGCACCUCUUUAUGAACCCACCUGAACAUUCUAUGAGAUGGUGGAAUCAUCCAAUAACAAACUUAAAGUUGACGCAUGUUUAUCCUAUCAUAAUUGACGACUUUACUUGCGCAGAGGCAAUAGAAGCAAUGAAAAGCGAGAAUGUUGCUAUUGUUGUCAACGGUGGAGGAUGGUUUGUUGGUGCAGUUUCAAAGGAUUACUUGCGACAUUCUGCUACGAAUCCCACAAAAUUACCGGACCAAAAAUCUGAAGAUUUUAACUUUAAUGAUCCAGUUACGAUGCAUUUGGUAAAAGAUUGUUACACCUUGGCAAAGAACGGAAAAAAGGGAAUGCCAACAAUAGGUCGUCUAUCCCGUAUUUUAGAUAUCACAAGUUUUGUUGUCAUCGGACAAAAAGAGAUUGAUGAAGAUCAUUUUAAACCUGAGAGCGUGGUCACUGCCGAUGAUGUUCUCGAAUACAUAUAUUUGCACACUGAUAAGCAGUCAAGUGCUGGAAACUAAAUGUAUUGUAUUUACCGAAAUGACAAUGAUAAAUAGAUAUACCUAGAUGCAUUAAA